CUGGUCUCACUUGACUGAGAGGUCUACCAGGCUGGGUCAACAAGACUGUAAAACUCCUGGCCCUGGUUGAGGACAGCUGGAUAGGUUCUGUUCUGCUAAGGGGGAAGACUGAUUUUCAAAAUUAAAUUGUGUGUGUGUGGUGAUGGGGGGAAGUUUCAUGAAGAUAAAUAAUACAUGGAGGUAUUCCCAAAAAUAAUUCAACUCCUUUUGUUACAGGAAGAGCACAACAGGAUCUCAUCUAUUUACAGUAAGAAAAUAUUUCCACACCUUCUUGUCUCAUCCUGUUGGCUCUUUCCAGUCUCAUGAGGAGAUAUAUUCUCUCCUUCAAGCAGUCCUCAUGCUAAAGGGCAGCUCCCUGGUCAGAAGAAGGCCCUCCGCCUGCCUUAUUGGUCAUAUCCUCAGCUGCACUUGGCAACAAACCCCGAAGAUGAAGAGAAUUCUGGUCUUGGUCUUUUCUGUUCUACUCUGUCUGGCCGCUGUAAAAAGUCUGAUGUGUAACACAUGCAAAAAAUAUGAAGGAGACAAGUGUGUAGAGGGAGAAGGUAUCUGUGAGUUCCAAAAUGAAAUCGCGAGAUGCGGAACUCUAUUCGCACCAGAUAACAAGGUUGUCUGGAGUUUUUGUGCUAAACCAUCGGGCUGUGCACAAUUUAAAAAAACAAAAUAUAAGACCCCUGCACCCUACCUGAUCUGCUGUGAUUGGGACCUCUGUAAUGGGCCGUCACCUGGUGCACCUCCAAAAGAAACCUCCCCGGAGUCUGAUGCUGCAAGUUUUCCGGAGAAUCUUUAAGCCCUGGUCGUCAGCCACCACCCGGGCCCAAAUCCUUAAUACAUUGUAUUUGAUUGUUUGGCCUCUUUGGCUGUUCAAGGCGGUGUAGACAGAAAUAAACCUAU